UAUCCUGGGGGAAGGAUCGGUGGAAUGUGAGGGGAGGUGGAGGAGAUGGCGGCGACGGCCCGGGAAGAUGGCGCCAGCGGUCAAGAGCGAGGUCAGCGGGGCUGCGAGCACUAUGACAGAGGAUGUCUCCUAAAGGCACCUUGCUGUGACAAGCUUUAUACUUGCCGCUUGUGUCAUGAUAACAAUGAAGAUCAUCAACUAGAUCGCUUUAAAGUGAAGGAAGUGCAGUGCAUAAACUGUGAAAAAAUUCAACAUGCCCAACAGACUUGUGAAGAAUGUAGCACAUUGUUUGGAGAAUAUUAUUGUGAUAUAUGCCAUUUGUUUGACAAAGAUAAGAAGCAGUAUCACUGUGAAAACUGUGGAAUUUGUAGGAUUGGUCCAAAGGAAGAUUUUUUCCAUUGUUUGAAAUGUAACUUAUGCCUAGCUAUGAAUCUUCAAGGAAGACACAAGUGUAUUGAAAAUGUGUCCCGACAGAAUUGUCCAAUAUGUUUGGAGGACAUUCACACAUCCCGUGUUGUUGCUCAUGUCUUGCCAUGUGGACAUCUUUUACAUAGAACGUGUUAUGAAGAAAUGUUGAAAGAAGGCUACAGAUGUCCAUUAUGUAUGCACUCUGCUUUAGAUAUGACCAGGUAUUGGAGACAGCUGGAUGAUGAAGUAGCACAGACUCCUAUGCCAUCAGAAUAUCAGAACAUGACUGUGGAUAUUCUCUGCAAUGACUGUAAUGGACGAUCCACUGUUCAGUUUCAUAUAUUAGGCAUGAAAUGUAAGAUUUGUGAAUCCUAUAAUACUGCUCAAGCUGGAGGACGUAGAAUUUCACUGGAUCAGCAAUGACGAACAUACGCAGUACUGGAGAACUUGGCAUUUUCUGAUAUAGAAAAAGGCUUUCCUUGGUAUCGUGUUAUCAUGUGUCAUCAUCUAUGCAUUAGAGUUGAUGUGUUUUGUACUAGUGUCACAGCAUAAAAUCAUAUUACAAGUAUGUAAGGAUUCAGGGUCUCUUGAUAGAAUUAUCAUAGCUCUAUAUUGAAUGAAAGCCACUGUGCUUGUGUUUUGAUUGGAAAUUCCUUUAGUGUCAGUUUUUUGGAAGCCAAUGAUGUUUGCCACUGAUACAUUCAUAGAAGUGUAUUAUAUUUUCAUGAAACUUUGCUUUAAGUGACACUAUGCACGCAGUUCAUUUCUAGUUCUUGAUAGAACUGCACUUAAUUUUCAGUAGUAUUCUUGACUUUUUAAGGGCUGUGUUAUAUUAAGUUCUCCCUUACUGUUAAAACCUAAUUAAAUAUGCUUUGGAAUUUUCUAAGACAGUCCUCUGGAUCCUCUAAAUGUGAAUUUUGAUGUAAUAACUGCUAAUAAAAUUAUAUUGAAACAGUGUUUUAUGGAAAGUUUUUUCCAAAGUUUUCUAUGUUUGGCUCAAUUAGGACAGUAUCAUCAGUUCUAUAAUGUAAAAGAAAUUUUCUUUCUUUUGAGGUAUUCUGUAAAAGUAGUUGGGAAAAUUAUUAUGUAAAAUAGUAAGACUCUUCCAAAGCCUUAAUAAAAACAUCAACAUUGAAAACA